UGGCAUUCGCUUCCCUCUCAGGAAAAAGCAGGGCGUCUUGUGGCGCGGCCGGGCUGAGGGCGGGCUCAGGCGGCCCCGGGAGCCUGCUUCCGCUCUUAGGGCUGAGCUCGGCUCGACGCUCAUUGGCUCAACAGAGGUAAGUGACGUGUCCCGAGCCAAUCAGUGCAAGGUAACAGCAGCUUCCUGUUUGGCCUUCAGACCUGUGCGUGUCCAGUAUCUAGCUGCUGCCGCUGGCCCAGACUGAAGAAGGUGGCGGAGUCCGCGCGUCUCGGGGGUCGCUCCUUGCCAACCCUUCAGCUCAAGUCUUCAUGAGUGUCCCCUCAGUGGUUCUAAAACGAGCUCCGCGGCCCCGCGGGUGCCGGCAGCGGCAGGACCACCUGGUCCAACCCCUGCCUUGGUCCCACGCGCACUGGCGGUUUCGGCCCAUUUCACGGCCCUGGCCGCAGCGGCCCAGCGGAAGCCUGGGGACCGGUCCGAUGGAGGUCGGACCAGAGAGGCAGCCGCGGCCAGCCAGGCGGCGGCCGGCGGAGAGCGCCGUGGGGACAUGGCCGAGGAGCAGCCGGGGGCCUGGUUCGGCUUCGGCUUCUGCGGCUUUGGGCAGGCGCUGGGCUCCGGACGCGGGCGCCGGCGCCAAGUGCACAGCCCCGAGCCGCUGGGCGCGGGCGUGGACAUCGGCCGCGUGAGCGCCAGCUGGAGCUACACCGCCCUGGUGACCCGUGGAGGCCACGUGCAGCUGUCGGGCUCCGCUAGCGGCGCCGCGGGCGGCUGCAGGGACGCGUGGGCCUCGGAGGGGCUCCUCGUGGUGCUGCGCGCCGGGCCGGGGCCGGGGUCCAGGGCGUUACUGCAGGCCUGGGCGCCCGGCUCGGCCCUCCAUGGGGAGCCCCUGUGGGCCCAGGACGUGGUGUCGGAGGCCGAGGGGGAAGACGGAGCGGACUGUGGGCCAGCUGGUCGCUGCCCCUGCGCCCGCGCCUCGCACCACGUGAGCGCACGCUCUGCCGGGCUUGGCAGAUGCGGGCGGACGCUGGAGCUGGGGCUGAGCACGCUGCCUGCUGGCGGGGCAGUGUUCUCCUGGGGCGGGCAGGUCGGGGUGCCAGGUGAACAUGGACAGCUGGGCCACGGGACCCUGGAGGCAGCUGAGCCAAGGAUGUUGGAGGCCUUACAGGGCCUACCCAUGGCUGAGGUGGCCGCCGGCGGCUGGCAUUCUGUGUGUGUGAGUGAGACAGGGGAUAUCUAUGUCUGGGGCUGGAAUGAAUCAGGACAGCUGGCCCUGCCCACCAGGAGUCUGGCAGAGGACAGGAGGACAGCCACAGGGGAAGGACUGAAGGAAGAUGGUGCUGAAGUGCGGAGCGCAGCGGAGGGUGAGGAGGGAGCCCCUGCCCCCUUCAUAGCCAUCCAGCCCUUCCCGGCGCUGCUGGAUCUGCCCCGGGGCGCAGACGCCGUCCAGGCCAGCUGCGGGUCCCGGCACACAGCUGUGGUGACACGAACCGGGGAGCUCUACACCUGGGGCUGGGGUAAAUACGGGCAGCUUGGCCACAAGGACGCCGCCAGUUUGGACCGGCCCUGGCGCGUGGAAUACUUUGUAGAUAAACAACUCCAAGUAAAGGCUGUCACCUGUGGGCCCUGGAACACCUACGUGUUUGCUGUGGAGAAAGGGAAGCACUGACGUGCUCGUCCAUGUAUAAGAAACACCUGCCACUCCCACGCAGGCCAAGGCAAGCCACUGCCAGCGCCCCUCCCAUCACAGUCCUUCACCUAGAGCAAGGUCCGUACCUGGUCUGCACUUCAGAAGCACCUGGAGAAGGUGAACACUCCGAUGCCCAAGGCUGGCAUCUCAGACGACGAAAUCAGGCCCUCUGGGUGCAAGGCCUAAUUUUGGGGGAGGGGGGAGGAUGUUAAGGCCAGCCCCCUCCCCACCCGGCCGCCUCAGGGGGUUUCCGUGUGCAGCCAAGACUGGGAACCAUUUGAGGUCGUGUUUUCAUUCAGAACUUGAGCGCCUCUGCGUGCACCCUCACAACGUAGCCCAGCCUGUCUGCUUUUGAAUGUUAGAUAAAUGGAAUCGUGUGUUCUUUUGCAUCAUUUUUUCACUCAA